GUGAUAGGACUUUUACGUUCCUAACCUAAUUUAACAAAAAUACAACAUGGUGUUUUUGGAGUAUUUUAAUUGUUCCAUAUCAUUCCUCAUAAAGAAUACAAUUAACCACUGUCAGUCUUGUAAAUUAAAUCACUAGUUAAAAGAAAAUUCUAAUAAAUGUGAAAAGCGAGCAAUUGCAAAAAUGUUGAAAAUAUUUAGUAAUAAAUUUGGCAGUGGAAAUCGGUUCCCAGUCCUAACCAAUAAAUACUUUUCUCAAUAUAAAGGAUUACUGACAAAUAAACCUGAAAAUAAAAUAAAAACACCACAAACAGCGUUUGAAAAAAUGAAUGAAUUACGUGGAAUGAAGAACAUGAGUUUUAUGCAAAAAUACAAAAGUUACAUCAAUUUUAUGAUUCAACAUUACGAUAAUAAUAUGACAAUUGUUGAAAAAAAAUUUCCAAAAAUGAAAGUUAUGAGGGUAUUUAAUACGGGACUCAAGGAUUUGUAUCAGGAUGUAAAGAAGUAUAUGUCGAUAAAGAAGAAGAAGAAUCAAGUUGGAAGUCAAGGAUUGACUAGAGAGGAACUUGAGUUAAAUUUUAAAUUACCGAAUGAUUUGAUAAAAGUAUCGCCAAUCUUGAUAAUCUCCGCUAUUCCAUUCACAAAUUACAUUGUAUUUCCAUUAAUUUAUUUCUUUCCACGAGUAUUUCUAGUCUCUUACUUUUGGACAUUGCAACAGAGACUUGAUUUUUUUCUCUACAACUAUAAACGAAAAUUGAAGUACAAUAAACCUGUUUUUCGAUGUUUACAAGCGCAAAAAAGAGAUAUUAAACGUUUACCAUCGGCUGUGCGAUGGAAUAGUGUUAUUGCAUGCAUUGGAAGUGGUACACAUCCAACAACGUCGGAUAUUAUUGCUUGUAAGGAUUUAUUCACAGGAUAUCCAUUUUCGAUAAAUUCUCUCAAACAAAAUCACGUAAAUGAUUUAUUAAGUUUGCACACAAUGCCACGAUGGAUGCCGUUCAGAAGAAAAAGACUAAUAAAGAGGGGAUUUUUAUUAAAAAAUAUGGAUAAUGCUAUUCUAAAGGAAGGCGGUGUUACGAAAAUUUCAACUGAAGCUUUAAAAUGGGUUGUAUCAUUUCGAGGUUUAAAUCCAGUAAAUAUGUCAAAUGAAUCAAUGCAAGAGUGGCUUGAUCAAUGGCUUAUUGUCUCGUCUGCAGUCGAUAAAGAGAGCAUUUCAUUACUUCUCCAUUGUCCCGUACUAUUGGCAUACAAUCAUCCCACAAACUGGACUUUAUUGUAUCGUAAAGUGUAAAUAUCACAAAAGAGGAAAAAAAAAUAAUUUUGACAUGGUAAACCUUUUUUCUUAAAUAUUGUAAAAUAAUUUCCAUUUUCUUCUUCUUCUUGACCAAAAAAAAGUCUAUCGCUGACAAAAAUUAAGUUAAAUUAUUGUAAAUAACUAAAGUAGAAUUUUAAUAAAUACUUCUAUGUAUCAACUUU